AUGAGCGUUCAAGUAGUCAGCAAUUGGGCUCAUACGGCGCAGAAAUUUGCGUUUGGUUUUCUAAUCGUUGUGCUUGUUGCGCUGGUCCCAAAGAUUGAGCACCGAUUGAGGCUUUCGAAGAUACCAAAGUUUCUUGCUUUCACCAAUGGCGCACCAGAACAUACCUUUUAUGCAAAAUAUGCUAUGCAGCUAUACCGUCAGGCCUACAAAAAGUUCAAAGACUCAAUAUAUCGCGUUAAAGUAAUUGGCGAACCUGAGUGCAUAUUGUUGCCUACGAAGUUUCUAUCAGAGCUUAGAAGAUAA